AUAUAUAUCUAUUAGAAGUACUUGUAUUUUUGUUUUUGUUUCGACGCAGUGAUACACUGAGCUCUCUGAAGCUCAAGAAAAUGAGUUAUCUGAAACUAAAGUCAAGUACUGUUAUGGUUUUAUGUAUGUGGGUGGUGUUGGUGGCAAGCUUUUGUGGUACAGCUUCAAUUGCAACUACUCCAAGCUCUUCAAAAUGUGAAUUCAAGGCAAUCUUCAACUUCGGAGACUCCAACUCUGACACCGGUGGCUUUUGGGCCGCUUUUCCGGCUCAGUCUGGGCCUUUCGGCAUCACAUUUUUUAAAAAACCUUCUGGUCGAGCUUCUGAUGGGAGGCUCAUUAUUGAUUUUCUAGCUCAGGCUCUAGGAUUGCCAUUUCUGAGCCCAUAUUUGCAAUCCAUUGGAUCUGAUUAUAGACAUGGGGCCAAUUAUGCUACACUUGCGUCCACUGUGCUCCUUCCAAACACCUCCCAAUUUGUUACUGGAAUAAGCCCAUUUUCUCUAGCUAUCCAACUCAAUCAAAUGAAGGAAUUUAAGGUCAGGGUUGACGAAUAUCAUUACUCAUCUGACCAAAAAGAAUCAGAAAGACUUCCUUCACCGGACAUAUUCGGAAAGUCUCUCUACACCUUCUACAUUGGCCAAAACGAUUUCACUUCCAACUUAGGAGCUAUAGGUAUACAAGGAGUCCAACAAUAUCUACCUCAAGUGGUUUGGCAAAUUGCUUAUACAAUCAAGGAGCUGUACGGUCUAGGAGGGCGAGCCUUUUUUGUGCUCAACAUGGCGCCCGUGGGUUGCUACCCAGCGCUUUUGGUGCAAGUACCUCAUAAUAGCUCAGAUAUUGACCCCUUUGGAUGCCUAAUUUCAUACAACAACGCAGUAGUUUCCUAUAACAAAUUGCUGAAGGAUGCCCUAAGUCAGACUAGAAAGUCUCUCCCAAAUGCUUCCCUCAUAUAUGUGGACACUUACUCUAUUCUACUAGAGCUCUCCCACCAUCCUACAUCUCACGGGCUGAAAUAUGGUACCAAAGCUUGUUGUGGGCAUGGUGGUGGAGCCUACAAUUUUGAUCCUAAAGUUUACUGCGGAAAUACCAAGGUUAUCAAUAACCUUACUGUGACUGCAGAGGCUUGUGGUGAUCCGUUCAACUAUGUAAGCUGGGAUGGGAUUCAUGCCUCUGAAGCUGCCAACAAAGUCAUCACUAAGGCAAUUCUAAGUGGCUCUUAUUUUGAUCCUCCUUUUCCUUUGUCCCACCUUUGUGAUCUUCAACCAAUAGGUUAAACACUCCUUUUUUCUCUUCAUCACUUUACACCAUUUCAUUAGACGAAGUUAGUGACUAUAGUACUAGCAAAUGCUUAAAUCUUCAAUAGUAUAAUAUUAUUUAUUCAAAUUUUCUAAAUUAAAAGGACCCUGUGGAUUGACUUAUCUUUAAGGUAAGCUCCUAGGGUAUUGCUUUCGUAUGAUAAUAAUGUAUUUAAUUUCCUCAUCUAUAUUCAAUAAAUAUACUUGUUUUAGACAAAGAACUUGUCCUUGUAAAAAGAAAAUGCUGUGACAACUACUUAGAGACUCUCUAUUCAAGGACUAGUAGACUCUAUAGACUAUAGUGUGAUUAUUAUUGCUGGCAAGGCAAGCCCUUUUUCUUUCUUUCUACAUCAGAAAUUUUGUAUCUAUGCAGAUGGGGUUGAGUUUGCUGGCAA